AUGAGCUGGAUGCAGGCUCUUUUGCUGUUGUUGGCUGGCUUGGUUGUGUUGACUCUGACUCAGCCUCAGGAUCUGUACAGACGUGUUGAGUUCGAAAUCGCCAGAGCGGGGUAUAUUCCCUUUGAGGUGAUUGUAGCCCAGGGGAGGGCUGAACUGCACUGUGAGGGAGCCAAGGAGAUUAGUAGCAGGAUAUACUGGACCAAGAACGGGGUCAGGCAAGAAAAUGCACAGUUCUAUGAUGUAGACACGGAGUCCACUGUUACCAGUGUUUACAAGCUUGUGGACACAGACGAAGCAAGAUACGGUUGUAAUGGACAAUACUUAUACCUGGUGAAGGAAAAGCCUGAGGAGGAAGCACAAGAAGCAUCCAUCUGGCAGAACAGCAAAGUAAUAUGCAUCGACCAAGUUGUAGGGGAAGAAACUAGAAUAUUGGAGAAAAUGACAGGACCUUACAAAAGUUCCAUAUUCUACAUGGUCGGCCGACAGCAGUCCAUAUAUCCAAUCAAAGAAAGAAAGAUAACAGCAGAUUCUGUCUUCACGUGCAACACCACGCAGCACUUUACUUUCAUCCCUGAGACACGACCACAGACAACAGUAGAGUGCAAGGGAGAGAAGGCGGUAUGCACGAACUCAGACACGCAAGGAAGAUGUGCGCUCACUAUUUUUUUUGAAGAUAAGAAAGUUGCUGAAGGUCGUUCCCCCGUGCUUGAACAUCCGUAUGGAAAGAUAAACAUCCAACAACAAGUACGAUGUGAAGCAGCCUGUCAAAUCGGAGAAGAUUUCAUAACCCUACCAGUCACAGACUGUACAGCUUAUCCAGCUCCAGACGAGUGUGUUGAUAAAGCGGAUAAGUAUGGAUCAGAAUACAGGGGAACUGUAUCUGUCACAAAAUCAGGACUCGUCUGCCAGAGAUGGGACUCUCAAUCACCUAAUGUACACAGAAGAACUCCUGAGCGUCACCCUGAUUCAGGACUGCAAGAGAACUAUUGCAGAAAUCCAGGCGGUGUGAAUAUUCGAGGCAUCUGGUGUUUAAAUGGUGAGGGAACUGAUCCUGUGUUGGAAUUAUGUGAUAUACCUACAUGCAGUGGAGGUGACGAAACUGAAGGAGGAGAAACUAACGGUGGAGAGGAGGAAGCUGAGGGUGGAGAAAUAGGUAGCUCCCUUGGCAUGUCCAUCCCCGCUCUUCCUCUGGCCUUUGCUAUCCUGCGUUUAUAAUGUAAGUUUCAACGGUCGAUAUCACGGAAACACAUGACUCCGACAGUUCUCUUCAACUAGACCUGAACGCUUUGGUUGACUUGGUUAUAUCAACUUAUUAAGAUGGAACUCAUUUCAUUAUUUGAAGCAUUAUAAGACUUUUUACAAAUCCUCAAAGAAUUUUACCCAAAAAGUCAGAAACAUAGAAUUCAGAUUAAAUGGCUUAAUUUCGUGAAUCUUUUAAUCAUUAUCAUUGUCGCCUAUA